ACAAAACGUACUUCCUCGCCCUACCAAAACUCGGUCCAAAAUCCCAUCAAUUCAAUUACUCACCUACACGCUUUAUAUAAAUUUCUCUCUAUUCCCUUCUUCAUCUUCUCUCGUCGACAUGGCUUCUAUAACUUCAGCCCAACAACAAGUCCACAAUCUCCUCAAGCGCUCCUGCAAGACCGACACCUCCACCAACGAGCAGAUCUGCUACCACCUCCCCGUCCCCGCCAUAAUCGGCAUCGUGUUCGGGCUCGCCUUCCUCCUCAUAACCGGUUGCUUCAUGGGCUUCUUGUGCUACAAGUGCGUACGCCAUAAGAAGAGACUGGAGAGGGAGGGCGAGGAGGUGGGUGGUGGGCAGGGAACGGUUGCGUAUAAUGGGGCGAAGAGGGGGGAACGGGAGGAUUGGAUGAGGAAUGCUUAUUAAGGUUUCGUGGAUGGGGGAGCUUGAGGAGGGGGAGGGGUGGGUCGGUGGGGGAUUCAGCCUCAAGUCGAGCGUUUUCGCCAAGGGUAUAUUCGUUUUAGUGCCUGCAUUUACCGGAGUCAGGAAAUUGGAUUGGGAUUAAAUAGGGUUUUGAAGUUUUCGUGUGGGAUUCCAAUUGCUCUUUCGCAUCUUGGGUACCGGAUUAUGGCUCCGUAGAUGAGCGCAGACCCAUCUUGGUUCUACCUGUGUAGAUUGGAGUACUGUAGAAUCAUAUGCUUUGGCGGUCGGAGUUGGUUUGGAGCUUUGUGCUUUAUGUCUGGGGUGUGAAAACAUCCUUGUAUGAAAAAAUAUGUUCCUCG